AUGAAAUGUGGCGACGGAGAUGUUUCCAGUGCCCAGGUGCGGAAAGACAUCUGGCUUUGGUUCGUUUUUAAGAUCGGCCACUUCUUCCCUGGACACAGCUCCUCCGUCACCUGCACCUGUGUUUACGAGCGUGUGAGAGUUAAGAAGGUGACGUCACCUCGACUCAAACGAGCUGAUCCAGAGUCUGCCCCUCUGCCUGUGAGCCCGCCUCCCCCCGCCCUCACCCGCCUCCCCCCGCCUCCCCCGCCUCCCCCCGCCCUCACCCGCCUCCCCCCGCCUCCCCCCGCCCUCACCCUCCUCCCCCCGCCCUCACCCGCCUCCCCCCGCCUCCCCCGCCUCCCCCCGCCCUCACCCUCCUCCCCCCGCCCUCACCCGCCUCCCCCCGCCCUCACCCGCCCUCACCCGCCUCCCCCCCCCCUCACCCGCCUCACCCCCAGCCCUCACCCCCCGCCCUCACCCUCCUCCCCCCCCCUCACCCGCCUCCCCCCGCCCUCACCCGCCCUCACCCGCCUCCCCCCCGCCCUCACCCGCCUCCCCCCCGCCCUCACCCGCCUCCCCCCGCCCUCACCCGCCCUCACCCGCCUCCCCCCCGCCCUCACCCGCCUCCCCCCCGCCCUCACCCGCCUCCCCCCGCCCUCACCCGCCCUCACCCGCCUCCCCCCCGCCCUCACCCGCCUCCCCCCCGCCCUCACCCGCCCUCACCCGCCUCCCCCCGCCCUCACCCGCCUCCCCCCCCCCCUCACCCGCCCUCACCCGCCCUCACCCGCCUCCCCCCCGCCCUCACCCGCCUCCCCCCCGCCCUCACCCGCCUCCCCCCCGCCCUCACCCGCCUCCCCCCGCCCUCACCCGCCUCCCCCCGCCCUCACCCGCCUCCCCCACCCUCACCCGCCUCCCCCCCGCCCUCACCCGCCCUCACCCCGCCCUCACCCGCCUCCCCCCCGCCCUCACCCGCCCUCACCCGCCUCCCCCCCCCUCACCCGCCUCCCCCCGCCCUCACCCCGCCUGCCCCCGCCUCCCCCCGCCCUCACCCGCCUCCCCCCGCCCGCACGCUGA